AUGAGCCGGCAAGAUCUGAGACUCCAGAAGGAGCUUCAGGAUAUCCAAAGUAAUCCUGAGGGCUCCGUCGACGCCCACACCGUGGAUGGCGACAUAUACACCUGGAAGGGGUACAUCAAAGGCCCAAUACAGACGCCGUACGAGGGAGGGCACUUCAUGCUGGCCAUCAAAAUCCCGCAGGACUACCCGUACAGCCCUCCGAAGAUACACUUCGAGACCAAAAUAUGGCAUCCCAACAUCAGCAGCGAAACGGGAGCCAUAUGCCUCGAUAUACUUAAGAACGAAUGGAGUCCGGCGCUGACGAUAAGGACUGCGCUUCUUUCCAUCCAGGCUCUUCUGUCAGCUCCAGAGCCUGACGACCCUCAGGACGCCGAGGUCGCAUCAAUGUACCGGCGUAACUACGGGGAGUUUGAGCGCACGGCAAGACUCUGGACGACCAAUUUCGCGCAUAACCGCGGCGAUACUCGCGAAGGCAAGGUGGACAAGCUGCUGGAAAUGGGAAUAGACCGCGAAACCGCAAUUAAGGCGCUAUCAGACAACAGAUGGGACGUCACUGUGGCCAUAAACCGCAUCAUUGACGGCAGUUGA